CAUAUUGUUGUCUGUCAUUGUAAUCUAGUUAUUAUUAUUUUUUUAACAAAAUUUUAGUGUUAUGUACAAAAAAGCAGCGCCAGCACAAACAGAGGAGGAAGAACAACAUCCUAAAGAGGAGGAAAUUGUUAUUCCGGAUAUAGGGACUUUGGAAUGGAUAUAUUACUUGAGUGAAUUAGAAGGUGACCUUCCAACUCCCAUAGAUGUGUCAAUCACGGGUUCUCUAAAGUACCCGUGCCCAGAUCUCGUCUGGUACAACUUCGAAAUAUACCCUCACAAAGUCAAAAUAACAAACACCGGUCACACAGUCCUGCUUGGAGCGAAAUGGAGAACCGAAAGACCUUAUCUAAAAGGUGGACCCCUUUUAGAAAAACACAUAUUUUCUCAAGUACAUUUUCAUUGGGGUGCGGAUAUGAUGGAGGGUAGUGAGCAUACCAUAGAUAAGAGGCAAUACCCAGCUGAAAUGCAGGUAACUUUCUUUAGAUCAGAAUAUAUGACGCAGGAAGAAGCGUUCAAACAUAAUGAUGGAGUUGUAAUGAUAUGUUACAUUAUUAAGUAUGGUGUAAAUCCUGACCCGCGUCUCCAGUGGGUCUUAGAAGGAUUUCCUCGUAUACAGGAAGCUCAAACAAAUACUCGAGUUGGACCAUACCCUAUGUCGCGGCUCUUGCCAAUGUUUUUCGAAGAUUACUUUUUAUAUUGGGGAAGUUUAACAACCGUGAAAGGAGAAAGACACGUAGUAAGAUGGCUUAUACCCAGACCUACCUUAUACGCUUCUUUCGAUCAGAUGAAGGAAUUUCGUAAGUUGUGGGAUCCUUGGGACGAACCCAUCGUGAGAAAUUUCAGACCUCUUCAAGAACGAAACGAUCGUCAUGUACUCUUCAUCCGUCCGCACUGGAAUCAAUACAACUCAUUAUUACCAAUACCAAGAAUUCCAGAGCCAUCAAUUUCAAUUUUAUCUCCAGCGUACCAAGCAAAUCCAUGGAUGCUACCUAAGCAAAAUGUCGAUUUACAAACUCAACCCGAGAAAAAUGAAAAUUGAAUGUGCUGUUUUGGAAAUGCCGAUUAGUAUUGUAGCUGCUAACGUUAUAUUCAGACGUUGUAAUUAUGAGCUAUUGGGUCGAUAAUUCUAUAGCAAUAUUAUACCGACACUACGAAUAAUAUUUUGUAUAACGACAUAUAAGCUAAUUUAAAAUUAGCAGGAAAAGCUUGGAUUCUAUUACUUUGACAAUAUUACAACUGUCAAAAUUCGAAGUUCGAGAAGUUGUGGUGUGUUUUUUAAAUUUAAAUUUGUGAACUAUUUAAAUAUUGGGACAAAUUUUCAAGGGUUAAUAGAGUCAGAAAGCAAAUAAAAAUAAACAUAUUACAAAUCA